AUGAAUACAAAUUACGCUGUAAAGUAUCUGAAGGAAAUCGAAAAAACAAUUGCAACAAAAAUAAAUUUAGUAAAAGAACCCAGUGAACUUUUAGAAUCAAAGCAACAUUACUAUGAUGAAGUUUUAAAGAUUUACCAAGAGGCAUUUACAAGGUUGAUUGAAUAUUCAGUAACUUUUUCCAAACUUUUAAAUGAAAUAAAUAAAGCUUAUAGAAACGCUUUGCAUGCUAGAGAUGAACGCAUUUCAUUAUUUAUCACACAAGACAAGCAUCCAAGCCAAAAAUCUUAA